ACCAAAUCCUCUAUCUCCCCCUCUUUCUCCCUCCCUCCUCCCCUGUUUCAGCUCCUCUGCUUCUCAUUGCAAUGGCCAUUGCUACUGCUCUUCUCAUAUUCUUCUCUCUCUUCUGCUUUUCCUCACAAAGAACUUAUGGAGACUAUGGAGGUUGGGAGAGCGGCCACGCUACCUUCUACGGUGGUGGUGAUGCUUCCGGCACAAUGGGAGGAGCUUGUGGGUAUGGGAACUUGUACAGCCAAGGAUACGGCACUAACACUGUAGCUCUAAGCACUGCUCUGUUCAACAAUGGCUUGAGUUGUGGUUCUUGUUAUGAGAUGAGAUGUGAUUCUGAUCCCAAAUGGUGCCUCCCCGGAACCAUUACUGUAACUGCCACUAACUUUUGCCCUCCCAACUUCGCUUUAUCUAACGAUAAUGGUGGAUGGUGCAAUCCUCCUCUCCAGCAUUUCGACAUGGCUGAGCCGGCUUUUCUCCAGAUUGCUCAAUACCGUGCUGGAAUCGUUCCCGUUGCCUUCAGAAGGGUGUCCUGUGUGAAGAAGGGAGGCAUAAGGUUCACAAUCAAUGGCCACUCUUACUUCAACUUGGUAUUGAUCACCAACGUUGCCGGUGCAGGAGAUAUCCAUGCAGUAUCGAUCAAAGGGUCUAAGAGCGGGUGGCAAACCAUGUCAAGGAACUGGGGACAGAACUGGCAGAGCAACUCUUACCUCAACGGCCAGAGUCUCUCCUUCCAGGUCACCACCAGCGAUGGCCGAACCGUCACUAGCUAUAAUGUUGUCCCAGCCGGUUGGCAAUUUGGUCAGACCUUCGCAGGCGGCCAGUUCUAGGUGGGUUCCGGUCCGUUUCCGGCUGGUCUGACUUGGUCCGGGUUGGUGGAUGCAUCAAUGAACUUGUACAAUAUCUUCUUUUCCAAUUUUUCGCUCUAGAGUAAAGGGGUCGGUGGCUCUUGAUGCUGAGGUUGCUAUUUUAGUACCCGCUAGGCCUUCCUAUAUAUAUAAUAAUAAUAAUAUAUAUAGGAAAUAAUAGUAAAUGUAGUUAGUUAGAAAUAUAGUUAGGUCAGUCAUUGAUACCAAGCUUGUUGAAAUCAAGGAGAGAGAGAGAGAGAGAGAGAGAGAGAGAGAGAGAGAGAGAGAGAGAGAGAGAGAGAGAAUAAGUGAGAUUUUCAUUUGGUUAUCUUGCAUAUAUUCAAUGGAAGCAAUGCAUUAAUGUCAUUUUUGAAAAUAUAUUAUAUUUGAAGAUGAAUGAAAUUUAUUAUUUUCCA